GCCCUCUUCAUCGCUGUCUGCUGCGGAGCCCAAAUUGCGGUUAGGCGGUCGGUAUACUACUUCCACUUCCUCAAGCGCACGACGGCGACAACGAGACAUGGCGGAACCCGAAGCCGCUGCAGCGGCGCAGGAGAAGCCCAGGGAAGAGGCGUAUCCCGACGCCCCCUUGGCUGCCGACUCCGCUGUUCGGUCAUCCACCUCGCCCCCUCUCCCGCCUUCCUCCCCCCUCGCCCUCGCCUCUGGAUCCGCGCACGCUAGGGCGGGGGAGGAGAGCGCCUCGGCCGAGUUGGCGACCCUCGAGGUCGCCUCCGCGGUGGGGGCGGAGGAUCGGGUGAAGGGCCCGUGGUCGCCGGAGGAGGACGUGAUACUGAGCCGGCUGGUGAGCAGGUUCGGGGCGAGGAACUGGAGCCUGAUCGCGCGCGGGAUCCCCGGCAGGUCGGGGAAGUCGUGCCGCCUCCGGUGGUGUAACCAGCUCGAUCCGUACGUAAAGCGCCGACCUUUCACUGAGGAAGAGGACCGUAUCAUCAUUGCAGCCCAUUCGAUCCAUGGAAACAAAUGGGCAUCAAUUGCAAAGCUUUUGGAAGGGAGAACUGACAAUGCAAUCAAGAACCAUUGGAAUUCCACCCUGCGGCGGAGAUGUGCUGAAGCUGAGCGUUAUAAAUCGACACCGUCUGAUAUUUUGAGAGAUACUUCCAUUGAUAAAGCGAAAGGUGCGCCUGAUGAAUUUUCAUGUCCUAUCAAUGCCAAUCCCCUCAGAACCAUGGAAGCAAGAGUCUCUUCUUCAAGGGAAAAUGUUUCAGACAAUUCGAAAGAUGUCGUCAUCAUCAGAGAAGAACCCCCCAAGCCUGAGAUAAAGGAUCCACCGUAUUUCUUCCGGCCAGUUGCAAGAGUGAGCGCUUUCAGCCCAUACAAGUGCAGAACUCGUCCAAGUGGUCCCGACGCACUAAGACGAAGGCAACUCGAUGGACCUAUCCACGAAUCCUUCAAACCUAACAGCAGUGCCUUCGAAUCUCAGAUUCCACACAAAUGUGGCCAUGGGUGCUGCACCAGUACUCAAGACAAGAGUCGCUCUAGCAACUCCUUGUUGGGUCCGGAGUUUAUAGAGUUCUUGGAGCCUCCACCCUUUUCCAGCCAUGAACUGGCCUCGGUUGUGUCGGAAAUUAGCAGCAUUGCCUGGCUUAAAAGCGGCUUGAACAUCGGCAGCAACAGCAUAUUUACAAUUCCACAAGCACAAGUUGAUGCCCAAGGACUAAAAAUCUAGUAGCAGGAAGGAUCCUCUCUAUCAUCUCGAUAUAUCAACAAGCAUGAAGAAGUCUGGAAGGAAGUUUAAAUCUCCAUUUCGAUCAAUCAGAGUGUUUUUGUCAACGAGGCAUCCACCAAAUUGAGAUGUAUAAAAUCCUCCAGAACUCGUAAGGAGUUAAGUCAGUUGAGAAUCUGAUUAACUAGUUGAUCAACUUUUUGUUUAUGGAAUUAUUUCUUCUGAUUUUCGAUGCAUUUAGACUUCUCGGCCGUAAUACUACUUUCGAUAUUUUCCUAAUGUCAAAAGAAAAAAGUGUUCAAAUA